UCUCUCUCUCUCUCUUAAGCUACUGCUUCUCUGUAUUAUCCAUUUCUGUCACAUUCAGAGCCAAGCAACGAGAAAAUGGCAGCCAUGGCUGCACUUCAGAGCUCCAUGACCUCUCUUUCUCUCUCCUCUAACUCCUUCCUCGGCCAACGCCUCUUUCCCCCAACCCUGUACUCUGUCCCGCCCAAAUUAACAGCAAAGCCUUGUCUCAUUGUAGUGAAGCUCAAAAGAUGGGAGCGGAAGGAAUGCAAGCCAAACAGCCUUCCAGUUUUACACAAAAUGCAUGUUAAGGUUGGGGACACAGUGAAAGUCAUAUCUGGACAUGACAAGGGUAAAACUGGAGAGGUGACAAAGAUCUUUAAGCACAACAGCACCGUGAUAGUCAAGGAGAUAAACUUGAAGACAAAGCAUAUGAAGAGCAGGGAAGAGGGUGAACCAGGACAGAUACUUAAGGUAGAAGGAGCCAUACACAGCUCGAAUGUGAUGCUUUUCUCGAAAGAAAAGAAUGUAGCAAGUCGGGUGGGUCAUAAAAUCCUGGAAAAUGGACAACGAGUUCGCUACCUCAUCAAAACUGGUGAAAUAAUAGACAAUGCAGAGAACUGGAAGAAAUUGAAGGAAGAAAAAAAGAAAACUGAAGAAGCCGUCACUGCUGCAUAAGGAUCAAAUUCUUACCUGAACGCGGCUGUAGCUUAGAAACUCCAGAUGUAUUAAUAUCAUUUUGUAAGUUUGUAUUAAUUCAAUAACUUCUUGUGCUCUCCAGUAUUGCACUUACAACUGAGUUAUAUAAUUUUGUUUAUUUGCGUUGGUUGAAUGAGAAAUUAGAAUGUUGGUCGUCCUCCAAAA